CAAUGUUGACUCAUAAUGGCCAACUGUGACCACACAGAUGACAGCAUAGAGGGAAUGGACACUGUGAGUUUGCAGGCUGUGACUCUGGUGGAUGGCUCCACAGCAUACAUCCAGCAUAGCCCUAAAGUUUCUCUCACAGAAAAUAAAAUAAUGGAAGGACAAGUGAUUCAGCUGGAGGAUGGAUCUGCUGCUUAUGUCCAGCACUUACCAAUGUCUAAAUCAGGUGGAGAAGGAUUGAGACUAGAAGAUGGGCAAGCUGUGCAACUGGAGGAUGGAACAACUGCUUACAUCCAUGCACCCAAAGAAUCAUAUGAUCAGGGCGGUUUACAGGCUGUUCAGCUGGAGGAUGGCACCACUGCAUAUAUUCAACAUAUGCCUCCAUCUAACACUAUUUUGGCCAUUCAGGCAGAUGGUACUGUAGCAGACUUACAGACAGAGGGCACAAUUGAUGCUGAGACUAUCAGUGUGCUGGAGCAAUACUCUGCUAAGAUGGAGGCCACAGAAUGUAGUACUGGGUUACUUGGUAGAGGGGACUCUGAUGGUGUGCAUAUGCAGAUUAUACUGCAGGGUCAAGACAGCCAGUUAACUAGAGUCCAGCAUGUUGGGGAAAAAGCCUUCAGAUGUGAACAUAAGGGAUGUGGCAAACUCUACACUACUGCUCACCAUCUGAAGGUACAUGAAAGAUCUCAUACUGGGGAUAAGCCAUACACUUGUGAACAAAUGGGUUGUGGCAAAAAGUUUGCAACAGGGUAUGGUCUCAAGAGUCACGUCCGAACACACACUGGAGAGAAACCGUAUCGCUGUCAGGAGCUUAACUGCUUCAAGUCUUUCAAAACCUCUGGAGACUUACAAAAACACACAAGAACACAUACAGGCGAAAAACCAUUUACAUGUCCAUUUGAAGGCUGUGGGAGAUCUUUCACCACAUCCAACAUUCGUAAAGUUCACAUCCGUACUCACACAGGCGAGAGGCCCUACUACUGCUCUGAACCCAGCUGUGGAAGGGCCUUUGCUAGUGCCACCAAUUAUAAAAACCACAUGAGGAUUCACACAGGUGAGAAGCCUUACGUCUGCACAGUUCCUGGCUGUGACAAGCGUUUCACUGAAUAUUCCAGCUUGUACAAGCACCAUGUAGUUCAUACACCCUGCAAACCCUACAACUGUAACCACUGUGGGAAGACAUAUAAGCAGAUUUCGACCUUAGCCAUGCAUAAACGGACAGCACACAAUGACACCGAGCCCAUAGAAGAGGAACAAGAAGCUUAUUUUGAGCCUCCAGCAGAGGCCAUUGAUGACCCUGGGUUAAUGUAUACUCCAGCAGUAGUGGAAGAUGACUCUGGGUCUGAGCAGGUGUCAGGAUCAGAGCUCAUGGGACAACAGCAUGUGGCUCUCAUAUCUCAGGAUGGCACACAACAGGUUCUGUCUCAAGCAGAUAUUCAGGCCAUGGGAGGCACGAUUACCAUGGUAACACAAGAAGGAACCACCAUAACCAUCCCAGCACAUGAAGCAAUGCUUUCCUCAGGGGGAGCACAUUCUGUUACUAUGGUGUCCGCAGAUGGUACAGAGGGACAGGUGGCUAUUGUGACGCCAGAUCUGUCUGUGUACCAGACAGAAGAGGGGGAGCUCAUACAAGAUCAGGAACAGCAUGUUGUUUCCACAAGCCCACACCCAGUCACUCUGCUGGCUACUUCUAACGGCACACACAUAGCUGUGCAGCUCAGUGAUCAGCCCUCUCUAGAAGAAGCCAUCAGAAUAGCAUCAAGAAUACAGCAAGGAGAAACCCCUGGCAUGGACGAUUAACUCACAUUGUAAAACUUAUCACUGUGAACUAAACGUCUCAAGGGUCGAUGUGUUGUGAGUGAUUGUGUAUGUAUGCAAGUCUGGGUAUUGAAAUUUGUCAAGCAUCAUAGUUUUUCAUAAUGCUAAUAGCUAUAUACCAAGAAGAUAUUUUUGUGUGGAUAUGUACAUAACUGUUUUAAAAGUAGAGUUUUUUCUGUAUAUAUUUGAUUAUGCUAUUUUUUGCAAGCUGUUAAGAAAAGGUCUACAAUUAUGAUAAAAAAAAGAAAAGAAAAAAUCAUUGUAUUGUAUUCUUUAACUUAAAAAAAAAAUUAAACUGGUUAGCAUUCAAUUCAUAUUUACCAUAUACAUACUGGGUACUUUCCAAACACGGUGGGCUUUAUGUACAAUAUACUAAAUGACUGCAAAGUCCGUUAAUGUUUAUGUAAAAAAAAAUCAAUAAUGAAGCUUACAGACUCCUUAAGUGAUUGCUAUUGUUAACGGAUUGCCUGCAAUUCUACUGUAGAACCUCUGCAAUCAAAACAAACCCAUGUGGCUAAUUUACACAACCAUGAAAACACACACACACAAAAAGAUUAAUCUCAUCAAAUAUAAUGUCAUGUAAUUCAUUUAAUGUGUUCCUUUGUCACCAAGAAAGGAUCACAUUGUGUCAUAAUGAAAGCUGAUCAAGAUCGACUCCAAGAUCAAACGAGACCGUUACACAUGUGAAAACGCAUUCGCGCCAAAUUGAGGUCACAGUCCUCCUUGGGCACUUCGAGGGAGGGACUUGCUUAAGUACAGCUCCUCCCAUCUUUUAAACUUUGGAAGUCGGCACUCAUUGGAACAUUCCACGUCACAUGACCAACGGUCGCGGGAAGACUGACCACGCUUGUUGGUGGGAGGAGUAACUCGCCAUUCAAAAUAGUUUCGUAAACAUUAUUGUCUUAAACGUUGCUAUUUUGGAUGCUUUGACAUGUUUUGAGAGUUUGACCUUUUAGUUCGGCGUCUCCUAUAUCCCGUAAUUAUUAUUAGGAUUCUUUUUUUAAGUUCUUUAGAUAUCAGUUGGAAGUUUGUGAAGCAGCCAUUUUUUUCACCUGAAACGUCGCCGUGGACACUGGUUAAUACGAUUACAACGUCGUUCGGAUUUUAUGCGACUAAACCGAGCUUGUUUGGACUUGUCACGGAUAUAUCGUUCAGCGAGAGAAGACAUUUUCCUCGGAUAAUCUAACAGACUGUUUUCCUUUCGGAACAAUUUGGGAAUCACAUCGCCGUUUUUCAAGACCGUUCAUCAGCACUCGGGUUGGUGUAUUGCAAGACCCGUAAUAGAUAUGUUUAUCUAGACCACAAUCUCUGCCUUAUUUUUCAGCCAGUUAGGCUGUGUUUUAUAGUUUUGAACCACUUGCUUUGUGUGUUUGUUUUUUUUUUU